AGUAAGGAGAGAUGUCCCCUUUGCCACUGCACAAUUGAGAUCGUUUUGGAUUGAGUCACGAAAAUGUCGUUCAAGGGUGAGACUCAGGCCAAAAAGGAUAGGUGCAGAAACGACCGCGGCAGGGAAGCAGGAAAUGCAUGAGAGCCGAUCCCUGCCUUUCUACACACCCCACCCUGUACCUCGUGAUAUGUCCAAAAUGACAGUGCUGGCAACCACUCGGGGUUUGCCUGCUCUCUAAUCAUUCAAUGUUAUUCCAGGUUUUCUGCCUUUUCAACCGUCAGCUUUGACGUCUCCCAACUUUGCAGGUGCAGCUCACUGCUUUCCCUCUUCCCCAUCCAAAAUGGCUCGCAUGAACUUGGGCGCCGCAUGCCUGGCAGCUCUUCUUGUGGCGGUGUGCGUGCUGGCCGUUUCGCCUGCGGCGGUUGGAGCUGAAGAAACCCAUACCAUCUACAACCCAGUUGACAUGUUCCUCAGCAUGUUCCAGACAAACACUGCCCGCGAGAACGCCGACGUUUCGCCUUCCAGAGUCUUCCUCCCAAUGCUCUUCCCUCCUCCAGUUCCCCCUCAGCCUCAGAACGUGUACCACAAGCACGUCCACCACCUGCCCAAGAAGCCACACCACAAGCCCCACGGCCACCCCGAGUCUCACCCUCAGUACCCCCCCUUCCACCCCCCUCAGCCAAGGUAUUUCUAAAGGGAGCCAUUAUGAUUAAAGCACAUCCAGGUCGUUUCCAUGCUCAUCGCCACGAGUGAUGUGCGUGUACGUGAGCGUGUUGUCUCGUGCGUGUGGCCCGAAGCCAUACUGCAACUUUUUUCUGAAUAAACCGGUACUAC